CACAGUUACCGCAAGCAGCGCCCGACCUCCCAACCCUCAAGCCUCAAGACAUUCACCAUGGGUAUCUCGCGUAGCUCGCGGCACAAACGCUCGGCGUCGGGUGCGCAACGCCCGGCGUACCGUAAGAAGAGAAAGUUCGAGCUCGGCCGCCAGCCCGCGAUGACCAAGCUGGGCCCGAAGCGCAUCCACACCGUGCGUGUGCGCGGCGGUAACCUCAAGUACCGUGCCCUCCGCCUCGACUCUGGCAACUUUGCAUGGGGCUCUGAGCAUGUCACGAGGAAGACGAGGAUUAUCGGUGUCGUGUACAACGCUUCGAACAACGAGCUUGUCCGGACAAACACGCUCGUGCAGAACGCUAUCAUCCAGAUUGAUGCGACGCCCUUCCGCCAGUGGUACGAGGCCCACUACGCGCAACCCGUGACGAAACGGGGCGCGAAGAAGGACGCCGCCACGGAGACGACUGAGGAGAAAAAGGUGUCCAACCACGCGCAGCGCAAGUACGAGGAGCGCAAGAAGGACGCGAAGGUUGACCCCCUGUUGGAGACGCAGUUUGCUGCUGGCCGGCUGUACGCGGCUAUCAGCAGCAGGCCAGGCCAGUCCGGGCGGGCGGACGGCUACGUCCUCGAGGGCAAGGAACUGGAGUUCUACCUCCGGAAGCUUCGGUCGGGCAAGCAGAAGCACGCGCAUGCGGCAUGAGCUGGUGGUAGUGGCGUUGUGGCGGAGGUCCCUGCGGGCGUGGGUGGCGUCUGGCGGCGGGUGUAUCGUAGAAAACUGCUAUGUCUGUCCUAUGCACCGCCUUUGAUGAUUUCUGUAUGUCCGUACUGUAUGCAAUGCAUGCCCCGCUGUCGGAACGA